AUGGAUGACAUGUUGGAUAAGCACAAAAUUGUAGAAUUCGAAAGUGCAAAAGGAACGUUUGAGUUGUGGAAAAAAUAUGUAACCCAUGAGGUCCUAGGUGGAAAGUGCACUAGGAGGAGGAAGGGCGAAUGUGUUUCCAUGCGAAGCAACAGAAAGAAUACCAAAGGUAUUAAGAGUAAAAUAAAUUCGAGAUGGGUAAAGAAAUUUGAUAAAUACGUGCACAAAUGGAUAGAACCGAAUUACUGUUCCGAAUAUGGAUCAAAGGAGCAAGAUGAAUGCGUUAAUAGUCACUCGUAUUCUGAUCAGUUUGUGGACAAAGAAGUGGGAAAAAUAAAGAUGCAGAAAACGGAUCAUGAUGAAAAUGGAAAAUUGCAUGUUUGCAUCUCCCAUUCAAGUAAGGUGCAAAAGCACAAAGAAUCCCUUCUUAGGGAGAAGAACUAUUUAGAAGUGCUUGAAAAACAACUUGAAAUGUUGAACCAUGAUCCCGAACAUCAAAGUGAUGAAGGAGCAGGACGUGGAGGAAGCGAAGGAAGCAGUAGAAGCAGGAGAAGACAUAAUAAAUGCGUAGUGACGUAUCAAAAUUACAUAUGCAGAAAUGCUGAUGUAAGGUAUAAGGGAGAAAUUGAUUUUUUAAAAUUUUAUUAUUCUGCUAUAUGUCUAAUAAAAGAAAAUAAAGCUCUUAUACCUAGGGGAAAUUAUUUAUAUGAACUCAUUUACCCACAAACAGCUUCUUCCUUCCCAAUUGCAAACAGAUUGAACUAUUACUUUGUUAAGUUAUUUAUAAAUAAUAAAUGGGUAUUAGUUUUUGUACAUUUGACACAACCAUACAAUGAAAAAAAUGAGCUCUUGUCUUGUUAUUCUUUAAGUGAAAGGGAAUUGUGGCCUCAUAUUCUUAUGAAAGCAUUAUACAAAUGUUUCCAACUUUGGGAUUUUUCAAAUUAUCAUUUUUAUCUUGUCGAGAUGUUAACAGGGCUUAAGUUUAUCAAGGGGGGUAGCGAUUUUCACAAUUUUUCUCAUUAUUUAAGGAAAAAUUUUUUUUUUUUUAUCCCUUGCGCUGUCUUGUCCCGCGCAGAUGGGAAUAGAAAUAGCCAUUUUAGAAGUGGUAACAGUAGCAAUUUCAGUAGUGGUAACAGUAGCAAUUUCAGUAGUGGUAACAGUAGCAAUUUCAGUAGUGGUGAGAGUAGCAAUUUCAGAAGUGGUGAGAGUAGCAAUUUCAGUAGUGGUGAGAGUAGCAAUUUCAGUAGUGGUGAGAGUAGCAAUUUCAGAAGUGGUGAGAGUAGCAAUUUCAGAAGUGGUGAGAGUAGCUGCUCUGGCAUAGCCCUCUUCAGCGCGAAGGAAAAUCAUGAUCAUGUAUCAUCAGUUAAUGUAGGAAAAGGACAAAAAAGUAAGUAUUUGGAGGAAGUAAAGAACCAAGUGGAUAGUGUCAACAUAAAUAAAAACUUAAAUUAUAAUCAUCCUAUUUUGUCUAAUGACUUAACUGAAAGAAGAAGAUGCUUGAAGAAUACCUCUUCUGGGAUGAACAACUCUUUUGAUCGUUUUUUCUUCCUUAUAUGUUCUUCUAAAAAUGAAUAUUUAGGAGUAAAAUGUGAAAAUCUGAAACCUCGUAAUUAUAAAAAAUAUUCUCAUUCCUAUCAGUAUAUGCAGAGACAAAACAAUGGUCUUAUGUUAAAGGGGUACAGAUAUCUAAGCACUAUAGGGAACAUCAGAAUUAAAAAUGUAGAGUUGGUGCCAAAAAAAAAUAUGACUAAUCCAAAGAAUGAGUAUGAAGAUCGUGAGAAAUACAAAGGAAAUGAUAUAAAUUUGUUAAUGACAAAUGAUACUGGUAGAAUGUUGCAAACUCCCACUUGUAGCAAUAAUAAUUCUGAAAAAAGUAGUAUUACCAUUAAUGGAAAUAUCUUUAAAGUAAUCCACCAGUGUAGAGAAAUAUUAAAAGAUGAUGUGAGAAAUGUCAAGAGUAUAAAAAACAUUUGCGAAAAAUCAAAUAAUAAGCUCAUUAAAAUGGAAACCUUGAAAGAGAAUAAAAAGAGCUGCAACAAGGUGGAGAAUAAAUGGCUAGACGAAAAGGACCUGGAAAAGCUCAUCGAAAGAAUCCAUGUGAACUACUCAUGCAAAUAUUUAAUAAAAGGAAACCAUCAUUUUUUAGCAAAAGGGGAAAGUAUUGUUUAUCUGGUGAAUAGAAACAAUUUCCAUGUUGUUUCCACAAGUGAUUAUGUAAAAAGCAGAAUAGAAAGUGCACAAAGUUCUCAAAAGAGUCAUAAACAUCUGAAAAAUCUUAAAAGAGAUAAACUUGGUGAAACCGAUAAAUCGGAUGAAAUGGUCAAAUCGGAUGAAAUGGUCAAAUCGGAUGAAAGCGUCAAACCGGAUGAAAGCAUCCAAACGGAGAAAAAGGAUAAAAUAAAAAAAAAAGAAAACAAUGAUGACAAGUUGUCCAAUGCUUGUAAUCCCAGGGAGGUGGAGAAUUUUCCGUACCUCUUUCUUAUUUGCUCUAUUUGCAUCAGGAGAAGUGGAAAGGAUUCUGAUUUCUCACCUCAUUCUGUUAAAUCCAAAUUACAAAAUGAACACAAUGACUUUAACGUUUACGAUAGUGUCGAUCAUACCCCAAUGUGCAAAAAUGAUAAAGAAUUAUCUGAAGGAAUGCAUGAAUUUUAUUUUUCCUUCUUUUCUUGCAAACGUAGAAGAAGCGAUACAUAUUCAGAAGAGGGUAAGCUGCUGAAGAAGAAAGAAAAGAUAAAAGCAUCCUCCUUCAGAUACUUCAAUAAACUCCAAGAAGGGUUUCUCAAUUUGUCACGCUCAAAACUGGGGAAUGCAGAAAGGGUAGAGAUCGAGAGUGAAAACAGUAAAUGUAACAUCAGCAACAUCAGCAACAUCAACAGCAUCAACAGCAUCAGCUGCAGCUACGGAAGUGGAAGUGGAAGUGAAAGGACCCAUGUUAAUCGUAAAAGUGUUAAACGCUGGAAGAUAAAAAAGUACCUUUUCCCCAAUGAGAUAUUUAACUGCGAUUGCUUUGUAAGGAAAAUUGGAGAAGAUCAUUUGGCGCACAAUUUAGAUUCACAUGGGAGAGACAAGGACAUAGAUGAUGAACCUUCUCCCAUCCUCAGUCUAAACCAUAUUCUCAACAACGGGAUUCACAAUGAAUCUAAUGAUUAUCAUUUUGACAGAAAAGUUUGCAAAAGGAAGAUACACCUGAAAGAAAACAUGGAGCACUUUUUCUUUGUGUAUAUCAGAAAAUACAGCAAGAGUGACAUGUCCAUCGAAUGGUUAGAUGCAAACAGAGGUAAAAAUGAAAAAAGCGAAAAAGGUGAAAAAAAUUCGAAAAUCCAGAAAAUCUCGAAAAAUGAAAAAAAUCUGCUUAAUGAGGAAAAGUCCAUCACAUGCAAAUUCACCAGCCUAGAGGAAUUUCUCGAAAAAAAACUGAAAAUGCAAAUGACAUUUUUAAAAAAAAAACAAACCAUAGAGAGAGAGCAUCCAACCAAAGUUCUGCUAAGGUACACAGUAACGAUAUCUCAGUUGAAGAGCAUAAAGACACCAUUUUUUUAUGUGAUACAUAAAAUUAGCAAUUUAAAAAUAUUGCCUUACAUAGAUCUGUACAUUUGUAGCAUAAACAAAGGGAAGGGAAACUAUGAAAUGCAAAAUGUGAGAAAAAAAAAAAAAAAAAAUAAUAAAAUAAAGAAAAAUAUGAACAAUCUAGAGGAGGAAAAGGAAGAAGAUAAUGAAAAAACUUACGGAGAAAAAGUAGGAAACAAUUUUUACAAAGUCUCGAUGGAAAAUUUUAUUCAUAAAAUUAACAUGUUAUAUGAUGAUCAGCAGGACGAAUGUACCUACUUAUUUUUGCUAAUAUCAAAAAAAAUGAAAAAAUUAAUCGAAAAGAAUCUCUAUUUUGAGAUUUCCGUUGCUGCACCUGUUAGCUGCAAAGACACCGUGAAUGAGGAACAUAUGAAAGAAAAAAAAAACAAACAAAAUACAAAGAUAAAGACAAAGACAAACAUAAAAAUAAACGAAAUUGAAUGCUUCUGCAAAAAUUAUACCUUUCAACAGAAUAACGAUCAGAUAGACAGUAUAGUAGAAGAAAACAUAACAAUGGGUUAUUUCCCCAAUAAUCAGCAAGAAGAACGAGAAUAUAUGGAACAAGUACCAAAAAGUUGUAUUACAAAAAACAACACAGUUAACUAUCCUUCAAUCAAUAACCCUGGUCAUAUUAAUUUAACAAAAGAUAACUCCAUCACAAUAAUGAACUCUCAUUUUUCUCCAUUGGAAGAGGAGAAAAAAAAAAAAAAAAAUGAUCAAGGACAUAUUGGGAAAAACCUUACAGAAUGGAACCCACAAAUUUGCAAAAACAAUAAUAAAAACCAAUUUAAAUUGAUAAAAAAAAUUGUCAUCAAUAGUAAAAAUGAUUCUACAUAUGGUAGCAUUUAUGUAGAAUUAAAGAAUCCCCAUUUGUUUAAAAAUAUGAUGGUAAAAAUUUUAAAAGUUAAAAGAAAAAAAAUUACAGAUGAGAAAUGUGCCAAUUUAAAUUUCAUUAUAAACAAUUGGAGUAGAGAAAUUAUACUAAAAAAGAAAAGAAAAAAAAAUAUAUUUUUUAAGCACAUCGAAUUGGCGACCACGGAUUUGUAUCUCAUCCAAUUAGAAGUAAAGGAGUUAAGAAAAACAGUGCAGAACUCGAUGAGUAACAACAUGCAAGAAGAUAACAUGAUACAAAGAUUGAACAAGGAAAAUAAUCUCCAUCCACAAUAUUUGACAAAUAGACAUCCAAAUGUGUGUAUAAACGUUUUAUUAAAUUUUUCUGAUGAUGUCUCACUAGUCGAUGACACAACAAAGGAUGACUUGGAAAAAGAAUUGAUAAAAUAUUUUGAAAUCAAUAAAAUUAAUUUGGAAAAUUUAAAAAAUUUAACAAAUCAAUUUAAAAAUAUGGAUAACAUAUUCUCACUAAAAAAUGAUUUGCUAUUUCUUUAUAGAAGCAAUUAUAACGAUAUUUUUACGCGUCUCUCAAGUCCUUGUAGUGGUAAAACUAAGAAAACUCACACCGCAUCUUCAUAUAAUAAAAACAAUUCCAUCAUGUGUAGUGAUAAAAGUAACAAACAUGUCAAAAUGGUAGAGGAGAAAAACAUUUACUUCCAUUCUGAUAAUCAUUACAAUAAACUCUUAUGUAUGAAUGAAGCAAAAGAGGAAAUAAAUUUAGAACCAUCCAUGAGUAAAGAGCAUUUUUUUCAAACCCUGUCUUCCUUGUUAAAUUUUUCAAAAGAAUCAUCAGAUUAUAUAUCAUCAAAGAUUUUGGAAUCAAAAAAUAAUGAGGUACAAAGGGAAAAGUUCAUUCAUAUGUUGAAGAUGUUAGAAAUGCUCAGGGUUUCGUGUAAUGAAAGUAGUAUCCCGGAUUUUUAUUUGAAUCAUAAGGGUGAGAAGGUUGAUAAGUUGUCCAAAUUUGACGAUUUGGGGAAGUACCCUUUUGCGAAAAUUCCAGAAAUAAGCUCAAACAAAGAAAGGGAAGAAAAAGAAAAGUAUAAAUCAAGCAAUACUACAAGCAAAGAUUUUGAAACAUCUUUUGAAAAUUUACUCACUCUUUCACCUGUGACAAAAAAAAUGAUCGAUGAUAUGAAAAUCUUCUACAAUUUUAAGAAUAAAUUGGACAUUUUAAAAAUAAAAAUGGAUGCAGAAUUACAAUUAAGGGAAAAUGCUUUUUACUCCUUUAAUGGAAAAAUUGCAAAUACCGCCAUUGGCAUUGUUAAGUCGAAUUAUGCAUAUUUGGAUAAAAUAAGAAAUGUUCUAUAUACCCACAAGGAGAGAAAAGAAUAUUUAGCUCACAGUACUACUGAUAAGUAUAUUUCUCAUUCUAAAGAGCGUUCAAUAACAUGUGAUGAAAACAAUAUGGAUGACUAUGUCGAGAAUCGAAACACCUUGGUUUGCCAAGUGAAGAUAUGCGAGAGCCAUAAAAUAGAACCUCCCAUUGCAAACAUACAAGACCUCAUAAACGUAGUAAAAAAGAUGGACAAUUUCAUUGAAUCAAGUGACAUAAAAAAUAUGAAAUUGAAUAUUUCGAAAAUGAUAAAGGAAAGAAUUAUAUUUAUUGAAAGUGUAAAAAAUAGCUUAAAGACAAAGAAGUUUAAAAACUUGACCCCAGAAGAAUUAAAAAAGAUGUAUAAAACAGGGGAAGAUCUAGAAUUACGAAUUUACAGUUCCGAAUUGAUGCAUCUGAUCAAAAAUCAGUAUCUCAUAUUAGACAUACUAAACAAUAUAAAAUCUCUAUUUAACGACAGCUAUUUAAAAAAAAAAAAAAAAACAGCUGUAAACAGGAACGAAAUUUUCAAUAUUGAACAAGUCGUAACCGAUGCAAACUUGUUUAUGGAACUGUUUCAAAAGUCUUCUGAUAUGUUAAAAAAUUAUGAGCAUAUUCAACUAAAUGAUUAUUACAAGAAUAUUUUGAAAGAAUCUGGACAAAUUGUUAAUAAAAUAUAUGAAAACAUGCAAGGGGAAAACGAGUGUGCAACAUAG